AUGUUCUUCACGGGAGGUCUGCAAGAGGGGAUUGCCACUGCACUGCAGCAGAGCAAAUGCGUCUUUUGCUUUGUCACAGAUGAGGAAGCCGAGAGCCAGACUUGGGAGACUGAGUAUCUGGCAGAGAGCUCGAUUGCGGCUUUACUUCAAGACGAAGCCGUCGCGCUGCGCCUGAAGAAGGGAUCGGAAGAGGCGGGCUACCUGGCCGCCAUCUUUCCCCUGCCCAACACACCCACCGUCAUCGUGAUCAAGAACGGCGACCUCAAGGAGUACAUCGUCGCCGGCACCAGCAAGGAUGAGUUCGUCAGACGCGUCACAACCGCAUUCCGCGGCGCUCAGGGUCAACCAGCAGCAGCAGCAGCAGAUCAUCCCGCGUCAGCUACUCCAGCACCAGUUUCAGCUCCCGCGCCGGCCGCCCAAUCCACCGAUGAUCUCUACGACGAGACCCCGUACAACCCUCCCCGCGCUGCAGCCGCCCCCGUCACCACGGACCAGCAACCCGCCAGGCCCGGCACCUCCUCCCCCAGCCCGCGCGGCCGCGCCACCCCGACCCAAGAAGAAGACAACGCCGCCACCCUCCGCGCCGUCCUCGCAGAGCGCGGUGCGCGCCUGGAAGCCCAGCGCCUCGAGUCCGAAAAGAAGGCCAAAGCAGCCCGCGCCGCCGCGGCGGAGAAGGCCGAGACGGACAACUCCAAGCAGGCUGAGCAGACACGCAACCACAAGGAGGCCCUGAAGAAGGCGCGCCAGGAGGCGGCCGACGAAAAGGCGCGCAUCCUGCGGAAGAUUGAGGACGACCGCGCCGAGAGGAGGGCGAAAGCCGCGGAGCGCGCUGCGCUUAGGACCCAGGCUGCGUCGCCUAAGCUUGGCGAGGUCGCGGCCGCGCUGACGAGGUCUGAGUCGAGUUCGCUUGCGCCGUCGAGCUCGGCUGCGAGCGGGAUGACGGCGCUACAGGUUCGGCUUCUGGAUGGGUCGACGAUCCGCUCGCGGUUUCCUAGCGGGAAGACGCUUGGCGGGGAGGUGCGCAAGUGGGUUGAGAGCGAGCUGACAGGCAGCGGGAGCAACGGGGAGCCGUUCCGGUUCAAAGUUGUGCUUGCGCCGCGGCCGAGUAGGCUCAUUGACGACACGGAGGAGGGCAAGAGUCUCGCGGAGCUGGGGCUGUCGCCGUCCUCGACGCUCGUGCUGGCGCCUGUUGGCGCGCACGUUGGUGCGUACGCUGGGGGAUCGUCGUUUGGAGAGAUGGCUGUGACGUUUCUUUUACUGCCGUUGAGUUUACUGCAGUGGCUUUGGGGACUCGUCUCUGGUGUGUUUUCUGGGCUGGGGGCGAGGCAGCGGGCUGCGGCGGCGGCUGAGGAGCAGGGCGCGGAGCCGGUUACGGUAAGGGAGCAGAGGAAGGGCAAGUUUUCGCAGUUUGCGAACCCUGAUGAUCGGAGGGGUGAUCAUCAGCUUUACAAUGGCAACUCGCUCAACUUUGAACCACGGCCGGAUGAGAAGAAGGACGAGUAA